AUGGCAGGUUCGACGCUCUCGAACCAUCAAGUCUCUUCAAAUCGCAAACAGUGCGACUUCACGAAACUAAUGAUGGCCGGAUUCGACUUGGAGUUGAACAACGAUAGCACGCAAGAUUUCCACGUGGUCUUCCAUGGACCGAAAGGAACGCUGUACGAAGGGGGCGUGUGGAAGGUGCACGUGACGCUGCCAGACGAUUACCCUUUUGCGUCGCCAUCAAUCGGAUUCAUGAAUAAGAUGCUUCAUCCGAACGUCGAUGAGGCCUCCGGAUCCGUCUGCCUCGACGUCAUCAAUCAGACGUGGACUCCCCUCUACAGCCUCGUGAACGUCUUUGAAGUCUUCUUGCCGCAAUUGCUUACAUAUCCAAAUCCAACGGACCCUCUCAACAGCGAGGCGGCUUCUCUUAUGUCGCGCGAUAAACGUCUGUACGAAGAGAAAGUCCGUGAGUAUGUGCGGCUGUACGCAAGUCGAGAAGAGUGGGAGAAGGAGCAGCGUGAGAAGAAGGAGGCGCAAAAAAACGGCCUUUGUGGCGCUACAGCAGAGACGUCCACGACUUCCAGCGGCGAAGCGUCGACCGUUGGGGAAACUGUCCCCACAACGGCGACAACUGCCGACGCCACGAACGAUGCAGUUUCCGAGAUCAGCGAUUUGGGCAGUCCGGCCGACAUUGAAGACGUGGAUAUAUCUGCUCUCUGA